AUGGCUCCCACCAAAUCCAGGAAAUCAAGAUCCCACAGUUCUAGGCCUGCCAAGAAGAGUGGGAGUCCAAAAACACCCAAAAAGAGGUCAUCCAGUGCCAAAUCCACCAAGAAAGAGGUUGACAUCCUCAGCCCAGCAGCCAUGGAGAAUGUCUACUACAUUUCUCAUAAUGCAGUGGACUGUUUGGAGUUCAGAGGCUUUGGGUGGCCAAAGUCCAAGAAUAAGAAUAAGAAAAAAAAGAAUGGUACAAAACGGAAGAAGAAAAAGUAA